AUGCGGCCAUUACGCUGGCGGGUGGCGGCUGUGGCGGCUGCGGGCCUCGCGCUCGCCCUGGAGGCCCUGCCCUGGGCGCUGCGCUGGUUGCGGGCCAGGCGGCGGCGGCCGCGGCGCGAGGUGCUGUUCUUCCCGUCGCAGGUGACCUGCACCGAGGCCCUGCUGCAGGCCCCGGGCGCGGGCGCGGCGCCGGCCCAGCCCCCCGCAGGCUGCCUGUGCCGGCUGCCGCACGGCGAGAGCUCGCUGAGCCGCCUGCUGCGCGCCCUGCUGGCCGCCCGCGCCAGCCUCGAGCUCUGCCUCUUCGCCUUCUCCAACCCGCAGCUGGGCCGUGCCGUGCAGCUGCUGCACCAGCGCGGGGUGCACGUGCGGGUCGUCACCGACUGCGACUACAUGGCCCUCAACGGCUCGCAGAUCGGCUUGCUGCGCAAGGCAGGUAUCCAGGUUCGACAUGAUCAAGACCUGGGCUACAUGCACCACAAAUUUGCCAUCGUGGACAAGAAGGUGCUCAUCACUGGCUCCCUCAACUGGACCACACAAGCCAUUCAGAACAACAGAGAAAACGUCCUGAUCAUGGAGGAUGAAGAGUAUGUCAGGCUUUUUCUGGAAGAAUUUGAGCGAAUUUGGGAAGAGUUUAACCCAACAAAGUAUAGGUUUUUCCCACAAAAGAAGAGAGGUCACUGAAGCCGUGUUCUCACCUGUCUUCAGAGCUGGCGUGGAGAGUAGCUUCCAUGUCGCAGAACUUUGGGUACCUCCAGUCAAAACCCAACCAGACCUACAAAGAACAGGCUGAGACCUGUGCCCUGCCUGGAGGUCACUGCGGGGUGUGGUGCCAGACUCUGCAUUCUGAGUGAGAGAAACCUCCACACUAGAAGAAAACCAUUUCAACAGAAUUCUCGGUCAUUGAAAUACUAAAUUGAACUAACGAAUGUUUGGGGUUAAAAAGGAAAGGGAAAUUCCU